CUGGUCCGACUUCCCAAUGACAGGUUCAAAUGGGAGAGCAGGAAGCGCACCGAAGGCACCUUUCUACACAUGAGAUACUCAAGCAGGGUCAUGGAAGCUUUUUCUGCAAGGAGAGUAAUCCUGGACGCACUGAGACGAGUAGUGGGGGAGGAAGCUGAGACCUGGCUUGAUGACGUCGUGAUCGGCUGGACCUACAACGAUCCUCUUUCAGCUUACCUCUGCAAGCCAAAGAGAACCUUCAGGGAUUUCAACCUCGAUCAAUGGACGAAGGACUAUGACGCCGCUAGAUGCCCCUGCCGCGCACAGAGGUACUCUUCUCUUCUUAGUCACAUUCCCGCACAGCUCAUUCCGGACUCACCGUACCAGCACGUGGUCAUGAUGAAUCCGAACAUCACUGACAAUAGUAAGCUCAGGGCAAUGCUGAAGCUCGGACUCAAUCAUGUCCCUCUGAAGGCGCUUGACAUCGACGAAGCGCUGUACGAGUUCGAGCAACUACUGAUCAAGGUAGCAGUGAACGUACAAGAGGUCAUGCAACUCAGCGAGAGAAGGAGGAAGAUGGUCAGCAGACUGGCACUCGCAAAUGCGAAAACCAAGAUGCGCAAGUACUGGAUCAGGCACAAACACAUAGCAGCUGAGCCGAUCGAUCAAACCGUCAUCAAGAAAGAGGUCGAGUUCCUUUCCAGGCGAUUCCUGAUCCUCGCCACCGACAAAGCAGCCAACACGCCGUCUUUCGUCUGCGUGAAUUUCAUCAGGCAACUUGCGCUGACAAGACUCUCCAUUCCGGACUUCGUCCCGAUGCACGUGGAGCCGCAGACCCUGGUAGAAGCCAUGCAAGCUGGAACAGAACACCUGCUAGCGCUACACCGCAUUGGGGCGUCACUACCGUAUCUCAUGGCGGUUUUUAAGGCCCACAAGGGUACCUUCAGAUGGAUCACCAACACAGCGAACUCGGUCGUCUCUUCCAUGGCCGAGCUAUGCGCUUGCUUACUGAGCUUCCUGGUCCCCUCCGUCAGAGAGUUUUGCGAGGAAGAGAGUUGUUUGAUGGAGGCUGAAUUUGGAGUGAAACCCAACCUCUGGUGGCCGACCUCCUCGGUUGGCGAGUUCGCCGCCAGUCUACCGCCGAUGAUUUCGUCUGUUUACUCGGCCGACAUCACCCGCUGCUUCGAAUUGAUCCCGACGGACGCCUCCGAUCACAGUCUGAUUGCUGCUGUGAAGUUCUUUGUGGAAUGUGCAAUGAAGCACAGAUGCGACAGGAGCCCGAGGGACGCAAUCAGAGUUCAUGUGAGCGAAAGCGGACGUAUGAGCGCUGCAUGGGCUGACAGACAUCUUUGUCCCACAGAUACUACUUUGCACUUCACGGAGAUGCAGGUUAUCUGGGUCACAGAGUGGUGCGUGACGCAUAGUCUCGUCCAGCUGGGCGGUCAAGUCUGGAGGCAGGUCCUGGGGAUUCCCAUGGGUCUGGCUUGCUCCCCGAUCUGGUGCGACGUGUACUUCUUCAGAUACGAGUACCAGGCCAUGCAGAGAAUGCUGAGAAGCGGCUUACACGAGCUGGUCGCUGCCUUCAGAUAUACCUUCAGGUACGUGGACGACGUCUGUUCGCUAAAUAAUCCCUCUGUCAGAGACUGCUUCAAGGGUAGCUGUGACCGGAGUUAGGACCCGAGAUGGAUCUAUCCCGCAGACCACAUCGAAAUCAAGGAGACGACUGAGC